AUGUGCGAUCCGGUCACAAAUCUUUCAAAGUACACCUUAACCGAUAGCGAGCAUAAUGCUCUAAUUAAUGGAUUAGAUCAUGUGUAUCCACCUGAAAAACUCGAUCAACCACAAUUCGUGUGCAAUAUGGAAUAUUUUUAUGCACGUCUUUUAAAUGUACGAACUGCGUAUCGACACUAUGAACAAAAAUCAGCUACUGAAGUUGUUCGUCAUCAGCUAACAUCAUUACAGCUUAGUGCUGCAUCUGAAUUACGUGAAACUGCAAAUUCUUUUCGCAAAGUUGCUGAAUCUGAACUCAAGAAAAUAGGUGUAGAACAUCGUAAAACAUUUAGUACUCUUCGUUCUCUUACCAAAAACAAAUCGAUUAUUGUAACUCGACCUGACAAGGGUCGUGGCGUGGUCAUCAUGGAUCGUGAAGAUUAUGUAAAGAAAAUGAAUAAGAUACUCGAUGAUAGAUCUGCUUUCACCUUAAUCAAUUACGAUCCAACAUUAGAUAAUGAAAAUGAGCUGAUUCGGUUUCUGCUUGUCUUAAAAAAAGAAGGUUUUAUAAGUGAUCAAGAAUUCAAGUUGUCAUGUCCGACUGGAUCGAGACCUGCUCGAAUAUAUGGUGUACCUAAAUUGCAUAAAAAAGGUGAAGACUAUCCUCUUCGACCUGUAAUGUCAGCUACGAAGACAGUGGCUUAUGGACUCGGUAAAAUGCUGGCUACUCGAUUGAAUAUACUUCGUACUAACCCGUAUAUCAUCAAAGAUAGAUUUGAUUUUGUUCGAAAAAUUAGAAAAUCAGAACUCGGUGAUAAAAAAAUGGUAUCUUUCGAUGUUACGAGCCUUUUUACUAAGGUUCCACUUACUUAUACUAUCGAUUUGAUACUUGAUAAAAUAUACCCUACCUGUUCCUCAAUAUGUAAAUAUAAACAAAGAAGUCGUCUUUGUGUGAAAUGCAGGAACAGAUCUUAUUUUGAGAAUCUUCUUCGAAUAGCUACAUCAAAAACUCACUUCAUUUUCGAUCAAAAAAUGUACGUUCAACAUAACGGCGUUGCAAUGGGUGCUCCUCUGGCUCCAAUAAUUGCCGCUAUUUUUAUGUCACAUCUAGAGGAGACUUUGAUGGAUCGCUUGAAGGAAAGUGGUGUUUGUGAGUGGUAUCGAUACGUCGACGAUACAUUCGUACUUAUUGAACCUACAACAAAAGCCGAAAAUGUACUCGAAAUUCUAAAUAAUUUUCAUCCAUCUAUCAG